AGGGAAGUGGGAGCUGCCACCCGAUUGCCUGCGGGACACCGGAGUCAAGAGGCUUCCCACGCCGCUGCCCGUCCCUUCCACGGUUCCGAGGUCUCCACGGUCUCCCUGCGCGCGGCAGACGGCACCAAACGUUGCGCUCCUGGCGGUGCGCUCAGCCCGCGCGGUGCGCGCCCAGAGGAAGUCCGCCCGGGGCUUGGGAAGUGCAGGGCUGGGGGCUGCAUGGAAGUUUCCCCAAGAUUUUCCGCAUCCGACUGUUGAAGAACCUGCAACACACUCUUGUCAUUCUCUGCUCCCACCUCUGCGUCUCCCACCGCACACCAGGGCGCCUCCUGAGAGGUGCCUCACCCAACACUGUGUCCUUACUGCACAGGGCCUGGCGACUGGCAUGUACAGUGGAUCACUCGCGGAAACAAAUGAAUGGAGUUAAUCAGGAUUUCAAGUGGAAGAUUUUUCAGGUCAUAACAUGAAAAUGUUGCUAAUUUUGUUCCUCAUGAUAAUUUGUUCCCAUAUUUCUGUGAGCCAAGAUUCUGGCCCUAAGUAUGCAGAUGUUGUGUUUCUGGUGGACAGCUCCGAUCACCUGGGAUCCAGGUCCUUCCCAUUUGUGAAAAUGUUCAUCACCAAAAUGAUCAACAGUCUCCCCAUAGAGGCUGACAAAUACCGCGUGGCCCUCGCCCAGUAUAGUGAUAAACUUCACAGUGAAUUCCACCUGAGCACCUUCAAAGGCAGGAGCCCCAUGCUGAACCACCUCAAGAAGAACUUUGGAUUCAUUGGCGGGUCCCUGCAGAUAGGAAAGGCUCUUCAGGAGGCUCACAGGACUUAUUUCUCUGCAACCACAAAUGGGAGAGACAAGAAACAGUUUCCCCCAAUUCUAGUGGUCCUGGCUUCGUCUGAGUCUGAGGAUGAUGUGGAAGAGGCUUCGAAGGCCCUGCAGAAAGACGGAGUGAAAAUCAUCUCUGUAGGGGUGCAGAAAGCUUCUGAGGAAAACCUGAAGGCCAUGGCCACGUCUCAGUUUCAUUUCAACCUUCGGACAGUCAGAGACCUCAGCAUGUUUUCCCAAAACAUGACACAGAUCAUCAAGGAUGUAGCAAAGUACAAGGAGGGAGCAGUUGAUGACAUCUUUGUAGAAGCUUGCCAAGGCCCUUCUAUGGCCGAUGUUGUGUUCCUAUUGGAUAUGUCAAUCAAUGGAAGCGACGAGAACUUAGACUAUCUUAAAGGAUUCUUGGAAGAAAGUGUAUCUGCCCUUGACAUAAAGGAAAAUUGCAUGAGGAUUGGCCUUGUGGCCUAUAGCAAUGAGACAAAAGUGAUAAAUUCACUGAGCAUGGGCAUAAAUAAGUCAGAGGUUCUCCAGCAUAUACAGAACCUUUCUCCCCGGACUGGGAAAGCCUAUACUGGAGCUGCCAUCAAAAAGCUCAGGAAGGAAGUCUUUAGUGCACGGAAUGGCAGUCGGAAGAAUCAGGGGGUGCCCCAGAUUGCCGUGCUGGUGACCCACCGAGAUUCGGAAGACAACGUGACAAAAGCAGCUGUGAACCUCCGACGGGAGGGUGUGACCAUCUUCACCCUGGGCAUAAAGGGGGCCAGCGACACCCAGUUGGAAAAGAUAGCAUCCCACCCUGCUGAGCAGUAUGUCUCCAAACUGAAGACCUUCGCUGACCUGGCUGCUCACAACCAGACGUUUCUGAAGAAGCUGCGGAACCAAAUAACACACACAGUCUCUGUCUUUUCAGAGAGGACCGAAACGCUCAAAUCUGGUUGUGUGGACACUGAGGAAGCAGACAUCUAUCUGCUCAUCGAUGGCUCAGGGAGCACCCAGGCCACAGAUUUCCAUGAAAUGAAGAUCUUCCUGUCAGAGGUGGUAGGGAUGUUCAACAUUGCCCCCCAUAAGGUGCGGGUUGGGGCCGUUCAGUAUGCUGACAGCUGGGACUUGGAAUUCGAGAUCAAUAAAUACUCCAACAAGCAGGAUUUGGGAAAGGCCAUUGAGAAUAUCAGGCAGCUGGGUGGGAAUACAAAUACAGGUGCAGCACUGAAUUUCACACUGAGUCUGUUGCAAAAAGCAAAGAAACAGCGAGGAAACAAAGUUCCAUGUCACCUUGUUGUCCUGACAAAUGGCAUGUCCAAGGAUAGCAUCUUGGAGCCUGCAAACAGACUGAGAGAAGAGCACAUCCGAGUUUAUGCUAUCGGGAUUAAGGAGGCCAACCAAACACAGCUGCGAGAAAUUGCAGGAGAGGAAAAGAGAGUGUAUUACGUGCAUGACUUUGAUGCAUUGAAAGACAUAAGAAACCAAGUUGUUCAAGAAAUCUGUGCUGAAGAAGCUUGCAAAGAGAUGAAAGCUGACAUCAUGUUUCUGGUGGACAGUUCUGGAAGUAUAGGACUUGAAAACUUCAGCAAAAUGAAAACGUUUAUGAAAAACCUGGUGAGCAAGUCUCAGAUUGGACCAGAUCGGGUGCAAAUUGGUGUAGUCCAGUUCAGCGACAUCAAUAAGGAGGAGUUUCAGCUCAACAGAUUCAUGUCCCAAAGCGACAUUUCAAAUGCAAUAGACCAAAUGGCUCACAUUGGACAAACCACCCUGACUGGUAGUGCCCUGAGCUUUGUGUCUCAGUACUUCAGCCCCACCAAGGGCGCCCGGCCCAACGUCAGAAAGUUUCUCAUCCUUAUCACGGAUGGUGAAGCACAGGACAUAGUGAAGGAACCAGCGGUGGGGCUUCGGCAAGAAGGUGUAAUCAUCUAUUCUGUGGGAGUGUUUGGCUCCAAUGUCACCCAGCUUGAGGAGAUCAGCGGGAGGCCCGAGAUGGUUUUUUAUGUUGAGAAUUUUGACAUUCUGCAGCGCAUUGAAGAUGAUCUUGUUUUUGGAAUAUGCAGCCCCCGUGAAGAAUGCAAGCGGAUUGAAGUUUUAGAUGUUGUGUUUGUCAUUGAUAGCUCUGGCAGCAUUGACUAUGAUGAGUAUAAUAUCAUGAAGGAUUUUAUGAUUGACAUAGUGAGAAAAGCUGAUGUGGGCAUGAAUCGGGUCCGGUUUGGGGCUCUGAAGUAUGCUGAUGACCCAGAGGUGCUGUUUUAUCUGGAUAACUUUGGCACAAAACCGGAGGUAAUUUCAGUGCUCCAGAAUGACCAAGCCAUGGGUGGCAAUACUUAUACUGCUGAGGCACUGGGCUUCUCGGACCACAUGUUCACUGAAGCCCGGGGCAGUCGCCUGAACAAGGGGGUCCCCCAAGUCCUCAUUGUGAUCACCGAUGGGGAUUCCCAUGAUGCUGAUAAACUCAAUGCCACGGCAAAGGCCUUGCGAGACAAAGGCAUUCUUGUCCUGGCUGUGGGUAUUGCUGAUGCCAAUCCCGUGGAACUGUUAGCCAUGGCAGGAUCAAGCGACAAGUACUUCUUCGUGGAGACUUUUGGAGGUCUGAAGGGAAUAAUUUCAGAUGUGACAGCCAGUGUCUGCAACUCUUCAAAAGUGGAUUGUGAAAUUGACAAAGUAGAUCUUGUUUUCCUUAUGGAUGGUUCAACUAGCAUUCAGCAAACCGACUUCAAGAAAAUGAAGGAAUUUCUGGUAUCCGUCGUUCAAGACUUUGAUGUCAGCCCCAACAGAGUGCGUAUAGGAGCAGCCCAGUUUAGCGAUGCCUAUCACCCGGAGUUUCCACUGGGAACUUUCAUAGGUGCAAAAGAGGUAUCAAUUCAGAUUGAAAACAUCACGCAGAUCUUUGGAAACACACACAUCGGUGCCGCACUCAGGAAGGUGGAACAUUACUUCAGGCCAGACAUGGGCAGCAGGAUAAAUACAGGUACCCCACAGGUGUUGCUGGUCCUUACAGAUGGCCAGUCCCAAGACGAGGUGGCCCAGGCCGCGGAAGCCCUGAGACGCAGAGGUAUCGACAUUUACUCUGUGGGCAUUGGGGAUGUGGAUGACCAGCAGCUCGUGCAGAUCACCGGGACUGCAGAGAAAAAACUGACAGUGCACAACUUCGAUGAACUGAAGAAGGUCAAUAAAAGGAUCGUUCGCAACAUCUGUACCACAGGGGGUGAAAGCAACUGUUUCAUGGAUGUUGUGGUGGGAUUUGAUGUCUCAACUCAGGAGAAAGGGCAGACUUUGCUUGAAGGUCAGCCUUGGAUGGAAACCUACCUUCAAGACAUCUUACGUGCCAUCAGCUCCCUCAAUGGAGUAAGCUGUGAGGUGGGCACAGAGACUCAGGUCAGUGUGGCUUUUCAAGUGACAAAUGCCAUGGAAAAAUAUUCUCCCAAGUUUGAGAUCUACAGUGAAAAAAUAUUGAAUAGCUUGAAGGAUAUAACAGUUAAAGGACCAUCUUUUCUCAAUGCAAACCUCUUGGAUUCUCUAUGGGAUACAUUUCAGAAUAAAUCGGCUGCUCGAGGAAAGGUGGUCCUUUUAUUUUCAGAUGGAUUGGAUGAUGAUGCUGAGAAACUUGAACAAAAAUCUGAUGAACUUAGAAAAGAAGGCCUGAAUGCUCUCAUAACUGUUGCUCUGGAUGGACCUGCUGAUUCUGGUGACUUGGCUGAUCUUCCCUAUAUUGAAUUUGGGAAAGGAUUUGAGUACAGGACGCAGCUCUCUAUUGGCAUGAGAGAUCUUGGGAGCCGUCUGUCAAAGCAGCUGGUCAACGUUGCUGAAAGAACAUGCUGCUGUUUGUUCUGCAAGUGCAUUGGAGGAGAUGGCACAAUGGGAGAUCCUGGACCACCAGGGAAAAGGGGACCUCCAGGUUUUAAAGGCAGUGAAGGUUACCUGGGAGAGGAGGGAAUCGCUGGAGAAAGAGGAGCCCCUGGACCAGUGGGAGAGCAAGGUACUAAGGGAUGCUAUGGCACCAAAGGUCCUAAGGGAAACAGGGGACUAAAUGGACAGGAGGGAGAAGCUGGGGAAAGUGGAAUUGACGGACUAAACGGAGAACAGGGUGAUUAUGGUCUUCCUGGAAGAAAAGGAGAAAAGGGUGAUGAGGGAUCCCAGGGAAGCCCAGGGAAGAGAGGGAUUCCUGGUGACCAUGGAGCAAAGGGCCUGCGAGGGGAUCCCGGGACUCCUGGAAUUGACAAUAGUAUAGAAGGACCCACAGGCUUGAAAGGAGAACGUGGAAGAGAAGGUAGAAGAGGCUGGCCAGGCCCCCCCGGGACACCAGGCUCCAGAAGAAGGACAGCAGCUCAUGGCAGAAGGGGACAUACAGGCCCACAGGGAAUAGCAGGCAUCCCAGGACCAGAUGGACUUGAAGGCUCCCUGGGACUUAAGGGCCCUCAGGGCCCAAGAGGAGAGGCUGGUGUGAAAGGAGAAAAAGGAGGUGUGGGAAGUAAAGGUCCCCAGGGACCUCCAGGACCCGGAGGAGAGGCAGGGAAUCAAGGCCAUUUGGGAAGCCAAGGAAAUAAAGGAGAACCUGGAGAUCUGGGAGAAAAAGGAGCUGUUGGCUUUCCUGGUCCUCGUGGCUUGCAGGGCGAUGAUGGCAGUCCAGGUUAUGGUAGUGUUGGACGCAAAGGAGCAAAGGGACAAGGAGGAUUCCCUGGAGAAAGUGGACCUAAGGGUGAGAUUGGGGACCCUGGUGGUCCAGGAGAGACUGGGCUGAAGGGAGCUAGAGGCAAAACGAUAUCUGCUGGGCUUCCAGGAGAGAUGGGAUCCCCUGGGGAACCAGGACCUCCUGGACGUAAGGGUGUGAAAGGAGCCAAAGGCUUGGCUUCAUUUUCUACAUGUGAGCUCAUUCAGUAUGUGCGAGACCGCAGUCCUGGCAGACGUGGAAAACCAGAAUGCCCAGUGCACCCAACCGAGUUGGUGUUUGCCCUGGACCAGUCCCGGGAUGUCACUGAGCGGGAAUUGGAGAGGAUGAAGGAGAUGAUGGCUUUCCUGGUGAAAGACAUUAAAGUCCGGGAGAACAGCUGCCCCGUGGGAGCGCGCAUCGCCAUCCUCUCCUAUAACUCCCACGCCAGGCACCUCGUGCGCUUCUCAGAUGCCUACAAGAAGAAUCAACUUCUCAGGGAAAUUGAAGCUAUUCCUUAUGAGAGAUCCUCUUCCAGCCGGGAGAUUGCAGAGCAAUGCGAACCCCUAUACUACCUUGCCUUCAAAAUCAGGCGUCAUUUGUUAGGAAGUUUUAAAAAAGUCUGGAUCGGCAGAGUAGAAAUUGACGACACUGGCACAUUUCAAGUGAUAGUGGUUCCCUCUGGAGCCGACUACACACCAGCAUUAGAGAGACUCCAGCGGUGCACUUUCUGCUAUGAUGUAUGCAAGCCAGACGCUUCUUGUGACCAAGCCAGACCACCCCCUGUGCAGUCUUACAUGGAUGCUGCUUUCCUUCUGGAUGGCUCCCGGAAUGUGGGAAGUGCUGAAUUUGAAGACAUAAGAGCUUUCCUGGGAGCACUAUUAGAUCACUUUGAAAUCACCCCAGAGCCGGAGACUUCUGUCACUGGAGACCGGGUGGCCCUAUUGAGCCAUGCUCCCCCCGACUUCCUACCCAACACUCAGAAGAGUCCAGUUAGAGCUGAGUUCAAUCUCACCACCUAUAGCAGUAAGCGCCUCAUGAAGAGGCACGUGGAUGAGUCAGUUAAACAACUAAAUGGAGAUGCUUUUAUUGGUCAUGCCUUACAGUGGACUCUGGACAAUGUCUUUUUAACUGCACCCAAUCUGAGAAGAAACAAAGUCAUAUUUGUGAUAUCUGCUGGGGAAACCAGCCACUUAGAUGGGGAAAUCUUAAAGAAGGAAUCUUUGCGAGCCAAAUGUCAAGGGUAUGCCCUAUUUGUGUUUUCCCUUGGCCCUACUUGGGAUGACAAGGAACUGGAGGAUCUCGCUAGCCACCCUUUGGAUCACCACCUGGUCCAGCUUGGCCGAAUUCAUAAACCUGACCACAGUUAUGGUGUGAAGUUUGUGAAGACCUUUAUAAACUCAAUCAGGCGUGCAAUCAACAAAUACCCACCAAUAAACUUAAAAAUAAAGUGCAAUAGACUUAACCCUGCAGAUCCAAGGCAGCCCCUGCGACAUUUCCGAAGCUUUGUUCCUGGACCAUAUAAAGCUACCCUCAAAGAAGAUAUAUUACAGAAGGCAAAAUUCUUUCAAGAUAAAAAAUAUCUUUCAAGAGUAGCAAGAAGUGGCAGAGAUGAUGCUAUUCAAAAUUUUAUCAGAAACACCUCCCAUACCUUUAAGAAUGGAAGAAGGGUGACAAAAAGUGCUCCCAAAUGACGUGGUAAAAAAAAAAAAAAAAUGCUUGAACAACUUAGCCUUAGGAAGCAUAGUAAGACUCUGGACUUAAAUAGUAACUAAAUCUGCUGCCAGAACUCAAGCAACAGUUUGUAGGUUAUCAGGUGACUUGACCCCCUGCAUUCAUUGGUAUUAAGAUAGAUCUUGUUCAUUUAUUUGACCACUCCUGACAAUUCCAGCACUCUACAACUGAUACGUUCAAGAACUGUUUCAUUAGAAGACAGAAGAAUGAAAGAAGUGUUUUGAAAAGUCUAAUGGAGAUAUAAAUUGAAGGUAAAAUUUAUAUGAUGUAUGCAUAUGUGUACACGAGUCAAUGUUAAUUCUUUUAUCUCUGUCCAGUUCAUUUCCUGCAAACCCAUCCUCCUUUCCUAAUUUAGUAAUGUCUAAUGCUCAUCUAUUUAAUCAAAGUUAUUUUUAAAUGUUUUAAGCUACUCCAAAAUUUACCCUAGAAAUGGAUGCUGUUUAUAUGUCAUAUUUUUAAAAUUUGACCUUCUAUUCCAUUUAAACACACCACUGUGGGAGUUGUUUGCUUGGACUGAUAAGAAGAGGGUAAUUUUCUCCAUCUCUAAAUCCUCCUAAACUCACUGAAAAACUCAUUAAUUCCCACAGAAUAUAAAUUAUUGCUUUUGAGCUGGAAGUUUUCUCUUCAUUAGGAAGCUUACUGCCAUUUUGAUGGAGCUUGAAGCCAUUUUGAUGGAAUUCUAGUCUGUCUUUCCUGUUAUGGUCAUUUAUUAAUUUUCACUAAUUCAUAUAUGCUUUAGACAAGGAGAGUCAAGACACAACUUGUCAUAGAUGAAGCUCUGAGUUACUUUUACCCAUCAGGUAGCUGUUUAGUCAAUAAUAAACAGCACCAAAACAGGAUUGGCAGAGCUCUUAAAAACAGCCUUAAAUACACGCUGAGUUUAGAAAAAUGUAAGAAAAUAAUUGUUUUAAUCUACAAAUUCAUAUGCAGUUGCAGAGAUGCAAAAGAGAUCAGAGUAAAAGUAUGAAAGGUUUUAGAAGUACUUAGUCUCUAGUAGCAUGCUCUGAUAGCUGUGUCCUCAUCUGUAUUUAAUUUUUAUUUUUAUGAUAGGGCUGAUAUUUUCAACAACUAAACACCCGAAGUAUUAUAGCAUUAUUUAAUUUAAACACAGUGUUCAGACCUUACCUCAGUCUAAGAGCUGGCUCCACAGUUGGUAGCAAUGGCCCUGUUAGGCAGACUGUCCCCCUCUCUGGGAAUGGCAAGAAGCCCUGCUUGGAUGCAUGGAGUGGAUGGAUACUGACACCAAGGACAUUCAGAUUUUCUUUCCUAUACCUAUUUUCAUAAAACUUGGAAAGACAAACUAUUCUGCAGCAUUUUUUAAAAACCACUUCUGCCAUUCUUACUUAGGUAAAUCCAGAGAUAGCACCUAAUGUCUUCAGAGGAGACAGAAGUUCAAGGAGUUAAAUGUCACAUUCAUACUCGGGUAGCAGAGAAGAAUAAAACACAUCAGGUUUGCUUCAUCUAUCCUAAGUGGUGCUUAGAGGUUCAGGAAAAAUGUCUCAAGUACAGGAUAUUAAUGAGCAAUAUUUACAAUGUAUUUUAAUAAAAGGGAUUUUUCUAGUUAACUCUGAGUUAAGCACAAACUUUUCUUUUGUUAAUUGUUGGAAAUACCAUUAAGAUGUAUUUGUCUGUUUUUCUGCAUUGGCAAGUAAAGAACACCAAACAAAUAUUCCCUUGGUGACAGAUUAUUUUUAGCAUUUUGGGCCAUCUUUUGAAUCACUAAUAGGUGAGAGCUCUGAAGCAUGCUGCAAAUAGAAGUUCCUUUUUAAAAAUGCCUAAUAUUAGUAUUUUCCCUGAUUUACCUCUUUCUCCUAAAAGUAGAAACAGCAAAAAUUAAGUUGAAUAUAAAUGUAAUAAAGCUAUAUUUAACCCAAGAAUCACACAAGCAGGAUGCUUCUUGGUUUAAAAAUGUGAAUUAAUCGACUGUAAAGGAACUGCCUCCCAUUAUCUCUGCACUGAGCUAUGACUCAAACUUAUUUUUUUUUGAGUAGAGGUCAAAAGGAGAUGCAACUUAACAUGGCAUCAGAUUGUAAUACUUAGAAUUCAACCAAAUAACUUUUUUCCAAAACUGGGGCUUUUCUGUGGGGCAAGGGGACAGAGAAGAAUGGGUUUUAGCAGGAGAUAAGGGGAGAAAAGGAUCAUAUCUCUGUCAGCCCACUCCAUUUUUUUUUCUUAGCAUUUCCCACAUUUAUCAGUCUUACAGCUUAUCUAAUGGCUCCAGGCUGAAGUCCAAUCUCAGCAUUACAGUUUCUGUAUCAAAAAAAAAUUUUCCCCAACCCCCUGCAGACUCUAAAUCUGACUUAGUGGCUAGAAACCCUGUAAGUAUGGUUUUGGCAGACAUUAAGGGGAAACAAAGGCAAGGCAACAUGACAAUGCCAAAUUUGAAGCUAUCUAGGCCUAGUUAGUCCAUCAUUCCUAACUUUGACGUUUCUGAAUGACUGGCAUUUUCUGACAGUUUUGUUGUUUACCUGUCUAAAAACUAAGUGCAGCUGGCUCUGUAUCUGUGGGUGCUCCACAUCCAUGAGUUCAACCAUGGAUAAAAAGUAUUCAGAAAAAGAUGUUUGUGUCUGUACUGAACAUGUACAGACGUUUUUCUUUUCAUUCUCUAAACAAUACAGUAUAACAACUAUUUAUAUAGCAUUUAUAGUGUAUUAUAUCACAAGUGAUGUAGAAAUAAUUUAAAGUAUAUGAGAAGAUGUGUGUAGAUUAUCUGCAAAUACAACAUCAUUUUAUGUAAGA